GUUUUUUACAAUUUUUUAUUAAUCGCUACAUUUUUUAGAUGGAUCGUCCUAGAUAUUCGGUUGAUAUGGGUAACCUCGAGCGCAACCGAACGAAAGAGCUUGCGAGGAAGAGAUCCCGCAAAGGUAAAUCACAUAUCGGCUCUUCAUCUCAAAGUCAAGAUGAUUUUGAUACGGGUUACGUAAGGAGGGAUGGGGAUGCGAUGACCGACGAACAACUAGAACAAGAAUUGCACCGACAUAAUUCCCGCUUUUUUCAAGACCAACCGAGGACCAUUGACGAAGAAGAGCUCGAGGACGAGGACGACGAUGUGGAGGAAGCAAUUCCGGAGAGCCACGACGACGAGGAGGAGGAGGGUGGCGGCAGCCAUGACGCCGACCAAGCAGCCUCAUCCCAAACAGGUACUAAAAAAAGUAAAUCUGAAUUAAUGGCUAAUAAUUUUUCUAAGUGGAAGGACCCGAACACCGGGAAUUGGACCGCAACUUGCAAUUGGUGCAAGAAAAACUAUAGCUUGGGGAUUUUCGGCGGAUACGGAUCCGCCACAAGACACCUUAAGUCCAAACACCCGGUGGAGUAUGCAAAAUUAGGCGGCGGAACGGGGAAGCAAACGCAAAUAUCGAGGUUUGCAAAUAACCAACAAGCUUUUGGUAAUUUCUCAUACAAUGAUGCACAAAAUUUGACAGGUAUGGCUAACUUACUUGUUGAAGAAAAUUUGCCUUAUUUGUUUUCUGAAAGUCUUGCUUUUCGUGAUUAUGCACAAACUUGUUUAAAUCCGCAAUAUAGAGGUUAUAGUCGCAAAACGGUUAAGAAAGAAAUUUCAAGGCUUUAUGGUGCGGAAAAGGUAAGGUUACAAAAUUAUUUUGCAAACUUUGAUGGACGUGUUACUGUAUGUUCUGACAUAUGGGAGGAUACUUAUCAUAAUUUACAUUAUUUGGGUCUGACUGUACAUUAUAUUGAUAAUGAUUGGCAUAUGCAUAAACGUGUUCUUGCUUUCCGUGAAUUUAAUGAUCGUCACACCGCUGAACAUAUUUAUAUUUUGAUUGAACGUAUUUUAAUUGAGUAUAAUUUAAUUGAUAAGGUGUUUGCUAUUGGUUUUGAUAAUGCUACUAAUAAUACUGUUGCUAUUCCUAGAUUGCGUGAAUUGUGUGGUUCUACUUCUUUGAUGGGUAGAUUUUUUCAUCAACGAUGUGCAUGUCAUGUUCUAAAUUUAUGUGUGCAAGAUGGUCUAAAAGCGUUGGGAGCAUCGUUGGAGGUAGUCAAGGGGGGGAUUAGACGUAUUUGGGGUAAUGGACAACUUAGGAAAAAAUGGCAUGAUUAUUUGAUAGAAAGAGGUGAGAGAUAUGUGGCUUUUCCAAAAGAUUUGUCUAUUCGUUGGAAUAGUACCUAUAAGUUAAUUGGAGUUCUUCUUAGAUAUAAACAACAUUUUCCUGCUUUUAUGAAACAAUAUGAUAACUAUAUUAUAAACUCGGCUGAGAUCGACACCUGUGAAAAAAUUUGUAAUGCUUUGAUAUAUUUUAAUAAUGCAACUGAAACUUUUAGUCAUGUUUAUAAACCUACUUCAAACCAAUUUAUUCGUGAAGUUGUUAAUCUCGCCGGUGCUUUUUCAAAUUUUGAGAAUGCUGAUUAUGUGAGUUAUUUUGCUGGUUUUAUGAAGGAAAAGUUUUUAAAAUAUUAUUCACAUAUUCCGCAUAUUUAUGGUAUUGCAUUUGUUCUCGAUCCUCGUUUUAGACUUGGUUCUUUAGAAGAAUGUUUGAAUUAUUAUUAUGCUGCUUUUUUUGGUCCAUUGCCAAUGUAUGAGAACAACCCAAUUGAUCCGAAAAAAGAAUACAACGAGAAGAUGAUGAUUUUGACGUACUAAACUGGUGGAAGGGAAAAGAAAGAAUGUUCCCGGUUUUAGCAAAGAUGGCUAAGCAAGUGCUAUCAAUGCCGGUUUCAACGGUUGCCGUGGAACAAGAAUUUAGUUCGACCGGCAAUGUUCUAACACAAACCAGAACGAGGUUGAG